AUGUCAUCACCCCUGCUGAUGAAGGCCGUAUGUGCCGUCUCCGCUCUUCAUCUAGCAAAUCGCUCCCAAGGCUUCGGGGCACAUACGGCUGCAGUCAAAUACUAUAGUGGAACGCUCAGCGGACUCCGCACCGCACUGGACAAGUGUACAACGGAGGUGUUCCCUGACGAUGCCAUGCUGGCAGUUGGCCUGCUAUGCAAAUACGAGAUUGUUCGUGGUAGCGUUAAGCAGUGGGUUGUUCAUCUCAAUGCAUUGCAACGUCUGAUCGUUUCACGUGGCGGGUUUGCUUCAAUGGAUCGAGAUGCCGCCGAGUUCCUGCGUGGACUAUUUGUGUAUGCCUAUAAUAUGGCCCGGAUCAGCAACCGCAAUUAUAUCCCUUCUCCGGAUUUUCUUGUCGACAGUGAUAUCGGUAUCCCAAAAUUGGACAUAUAUAUUGGAUACACGGAGGAAAUCCUCAAAUUAUGUACUCGCAUCGCGGAGCUGCCUUCCCUCCAGUCUGAUACGUUGGCCCUUCGACUCAGCGUUGCAUCCAUAAACGAAUCCCUCGUCACCUGGUCUCAUACUUCAGCCCCUUGCAUAAUUCCCCAGGGGACAUCACCAGCAAUCCUAACUCGGCUUCAGCUUGUAGCUGAAUGUUUCCGUGACGCAGGAUUUGUCUAUCUCCACUCAAUCAUGGAGCGCAUUAGCAGAACUUGUCCAGAUAACUCUUCCGACACUGGUAGCAUUGUCAGCGGUCAGCUAAAGGACCCAUCUCUCUCAUUGCAAGAUUGGAUCCCUCUCAUCUCUAUGCCGAAAAGUCUUGCCGUCUACCGCUGUCUUUCCCGCGUGGAAACCUUUCCGCUAGGUGACCACUGCGAGUAUUCAGCGCUCACCUUCCCGCUCUUUAUAUCCGGAUGUGAGACUGAUAAUGUAGCGGACAGGGAGAUUGUGCUUCGUUCUUUGGGAAAACUACAGGAUAACUUUGGGAUUGGGAAUGUAAGGCGUGCAAAGGAGUUGUUGGGGAUCUUGUGGGCGAGACAGGAUGCUAAUGUUGAUGCUCGGUUUAUUGGGAUGGGUCAGAAAAAUGUACAUUGGUUGGAUAUUGUCGAUGAGCUAGGAUGGGAAUUGAUUCUUGCAUAG